AAGAAUAGAAUACAACAAGCUGUCAUAUCUCGCGUCGUCGAGGAUUUUAUUGACAUUACUACGCCUUUAAAACAAUUUACGGAUGCUGUUUUAACUCCCAUUGGCGUACCGGGACGUGAUCAAAAUUUCAAUGACAAGACAUGCGCUUUACAAAUAUUUUCGAAUAGAGCGGCAAAAACUGCAAGGAUGGUUGCAGCUGGCGGAAGUGGAGGAAACAAGAAGUUGGCUGAGGCUUUAGCCGCUAGUGCUUCGCAAGUGGAAUCCUUAACACCGCAAUUGAUCAAUGCUGGACGAAUUCGUAUGACUUAUUCGGAUAGUAAAGCUGCAGAUGAGCAUUUUGAAAAUUUGCGACAGCAAUACGCAGAAACUAUGCAACGAGCACGAGCAUUAUGUGAUGAGGCAACCAAUAGCGGUGAUUUUAUUAGAACUUCUGAAGAACAAAUGCAGAAGCAUUCAUUUCUGUGUGAAGAAGCAAUUGCUAAGGCAUUACCACAAAAAAUGGUCGAUAAUACAGCAUCUAUUGCGCGUCUUGCAAAUCGAGUUAUACUUGUGGCGAAACAAGAAAGUGACAAUAGCGAAGAUCCUACCUUUAUACAAAGAGUAAAUCAUGCUACUGAUGUUCUUCAAAACAGUACGUAUAUUAUUACUUGACAACACAACUUGAUCACUUCGAUUAUUUCUAUAAGCACAUAUAAACUUUUAUAU